AAAUUUACGUUAUGAACCUUAUGUUCAUUCUGAAUUUAAACUUCCUUUUAGUUAUCGUGGAAAUAAUGAGAGGUUUAUAUAUUAUCAAACUUGGUUUUUGCCAACUGCAAGUGUAAUACGUGAUGUUGAUAUCCUUUUUAUUCAUGGAUUAAAUGAUUAUGGUGGUCGUUUUUCCGAAAUUUGUAUCCCUAUUUUAGAACAAGGUUUUCGUAUUAUUGCUCCUGAUUUACCAGGUUUUGGAAGGUCUAGUGGAUUACAUGCAUAUUUUUCUGAUGUACAAGAACUUGUUGAAGCUGUUCACCUUGUCAUUAAUCAUGUGAAAGAACAAAACUCUCUCACAAACAAAAGUACCAAAACAAUCUUAUUGGGUGAAUCACUUGGAGGAAUGAUUGUUUUAACUUAUGCAAUAAAGUAUCCUGAAACUUUUGAUGCUUUUAAUGCAUUAUGUCCUCUU